UGUCCAAACAGUCUGGCAAUGUUGUUCAGCACUGAUGACGUUUUUUCACGCAUUGUAUUUUUUUAAGCAUAUUUGAUGUGGAAAAUUUAAACAAUUGCAAUAUGCAAAAACAUAUAACAAUCAAAUAACACACAGUGGGUGCCGACCAGUGUAGCAAUCGAGCUAAGCAACACAACCCAACAUACAGCAACAAAACACACGCCCUGUUUGUUGUGGUUCCGUUGUCGUCGUUUUGCAGCAGCGCGAAAGUGACCAUCACACCAUUGACAAUCGCUAUCCACAAACGCCGUCGCCGUCUCACCACUUCACCAAGACUGUAAUUAGUAAAAGAGGAAGACAUCAACGAGAACAGCAACAACAAAACAAAAGUAUAGAACGACCUUGGAGUUGCAUACAAUAUGCAAAGUAACUCCACGAAAACUAAGGAAAUGUUUAUUGUGCGUGCUUUAGAAAAAAUCCUUGCCGAUAAGGACAUACGGCGUUCACAUCACUCGCAGCUGAAAAAGUCCUGCGACACAGCGCUUGAACAGAUCAAAGCAGAGCUCAUCCAAGCCGGCCAAAUCGCCGAGGGCAAUGAGCUGCCCUGCGCAGCGCUACCGUUGCCCAAAAAUGAUGCUGCGAGCAUCAUCAAUGCAGAAACCUAUUUUCUACCCUUCGAACUCGCCUGUAAGAGUCGCUCACCGCGCAUUGUGGUCACCGCUUUGGAUUGCCUGCAGAAACUCAUUGCUUAUGGACAUUUGACGGGUGCCAUUCAAGACUCGGCGAAUCCAGGACAUUUGCUGAUCGAUCGCAUUGUUAUUACCAUCUAUGGCUGCUUCAAUGGCCCCCAGACGGACGAGGGAGUUCAACUGCAGAUCAUCAAGGCACUGCUUACGGUCGUGACGUCACAGCAUGUUGAAAUCCAUGAGUUUACCCUGCUGCAGGCAGUGCGCACCUGCUAUGACAUAUAUUUGUCUAGCCGUAAUCUGGUGAAUCAAACGACAGCACGAGCGACGCUCACCCAAAUGUUGAAUGUGAUCUUUGCGCGCAUGGAGAAUCAAGUAUACGAGGUGGCAGCAACACCAACUCCCACAACGGUGGCGGCAUUAAAUGGUGGCAUCAACAGUCCGGACAACACGGAGGAUAUGCCGGCAGUGACGACCGAAGGAGCGGACAGUGAUGAAGCAAUUGCCUCUGAGCUACUGGCUGAGAUAAUAACAGCUGCUUUCAAUGAGGCCAUGAAAGAGCAGAGUACGGCUGAGGAACUAGCCGAGGUGGAGCCCACUGUGAAUGGCAAUGGCUCGGUGGAUUCCUCGCAUUCGGAUCACGACAGCGUGGAGCUCCAUAGCGAGAAUGAUGCCAUAGUAACGGCUAAAUUUACACACAUCCUGCAAAAAGACGCCUUCUUGGUGUUCCGCGCCUUGUGCAAGCUAUCCAUGAAGCCGUUGCCCGAAGGUCAGCCGGAUCCUAAGUCGCAUGAGCUGCGAUCGAAAGUGUUGUCACUGCAUCUAUUGCUGCUUAUACUGCAGAAUGCUGGGCCUGUCUUCCGUUCCAACGAGAUGUUCAUCAUGGCCAUCAAGCAAUACCUAUGUGUGGCACUGUCCAACAAUGGCGUUAGUCUGGUGGCCGAAGUUUUUGAGUUGUCGCUUUCUAUAUUUGUGGCACUCCUGUCAAACUUUAAGGUUCAUCUGAAGCGCCAGAUUGAGGUCUUCUUCAAGGAAAUCUUUCUUAAUAUUCUGGAGGCCAGCUCUAGUUCAUUCGAGCACAAAUGGAUGGUCAUACAGGCUCUGACACGCAUUUGCGCCGAUGCCCAGUCUGUGGUGGACAUUUAUGUGAAUUACGAUUGCGAUUUUUCUGCUGCUAACUUAUUCGAGCGGCUGGUCAAUGAUUUAUCCAAAAUUGCCCAGGGACGACAAGCACUGGAACUCGGUGCCAAUCCUAUGCAGGAGAAAUCAAUGCGUAUACGUGGCUUGGAAUGUCUCGUCUCCAUAUUAAAGUGUAUGGUCGAAUGGAGCAAGGAUCUGUACGUGAAUCCCAAUAUGCCAGCGCCUGCUUUGCAAGUGCAAGCCCUGCAGUCACCGACACAGGACUCGCAGGUCACUGACAAUGUGGACUCGCUAUCUGCGCAUAAUUCGAGCCUGCGCUCAACUCACGGUGGCUCGAGUCACAGCCUCAACUCUUAUGGUAGCGCCAAGAAUCAAGAGCUGUUGGAUUUACCCGAGGCACUCGAAGAACGCAAGAUGCGCAAAGAGGUGAUGGAAACGGGCAUUGAGCUGUUCAAUCGCAAGCCACAGAAGGGUGUGCAAUUUUUGCAGGAGAAACAGCUGCUGGGCAGCACUUGUCAAGAUAUCGCGCGUUGGCUGCAUGAAGAUGAGCGCCUCGACAAAACCGUCAUUGGCAACUAUCUGGGCGAGAACGAUGAUCACUCAAAGGAGGUAAUGUGCGCCUACAUUGAUGCCUUUGACUUUCGGCAACUGGAGGUGGUGGCCGCAUUGCGCAUUCUGCUCGAGGAAUUUCGAUUGCCCGGCGAGGCGCAAAAGAUUGAUCGGCUAAUGGAGAAAUUUGCGAGCAGAUACUGCGAAUGUAAUCCACAGAAUCAGUUAUUCCAAAUGGCUGAUACUGUUUAUGUGCUCGCCUUUAGCAUCAUUAUGUUGACAACGGAUCUGCAUUCGCCGCAGGUAAAGCAUAAAAUGACCAAGGAGCAAUACAUCAAAAUGAAUCGCGGCAUUGGCGAUAGCAAGGACGAUCUGCCCGAGGAAUACUUAUCAUCCAUUUAUGAUGAAAUCGCCGAGCAUGAAAUCAAAAUGAAGAACAAUACUACAAUGCUAAUGGCACCAAAGCCAGUUGGCAAACAGCCCUUCAUAACGGAGAAGCGACGCAAGCUGCUUUGGAAUAUGGAAAUGGAGGUGAUCUCGCUGACGGCCACCAAUCUAAUGCAGUCGGUUUCACAUGUCAAAUCGCCAUUCACAUCAGCUAAGCACUUGGAACAUGUACGACCCAUGUUCAAAAUGGCAUGGACACCGUUUCUGGCUGCCUUCUCUGUAGGUCUUCAAGACUGCGACGAUCCAGAGAUUGCAACGCUUUGCUUGGACGGCAUACGUUGCGCCAUACGCAUCGCCUGCAUCUUUCACAUGUCGCUGGAGCGAGAUGCUUACGUGCAGGCUUUGGCGCGUUUCACCUUAUUGAACGCCAACUCGCCCAUCAAUGAGAUGAAGGCCAAGAACAUUGACACCAUCAAGACGCUGAUUAUGGUCGCCCAUACGGAUGGCAAUUACUUGGGCAGCAGCUGGCUGGACAUUGUCAAAUGCAUCAGCCAAUUGGAGCUGGCACAGUUGAUUGGCACUGGAGUGCGGCCGCAGUUUCUAUCAGGAGCACAGACCACGCUCAAGGAUACACUUAAUCCCAGCGUCAAGGAGCACAUUGGCGAGACAAGCAGCCAGAGCGUUGUGGUGGCCGUGGAUCGCAUCUUUACCGGCUCCAUGCGUCUCGAUGGCGAUGCCAUUGUGGACUUUGUAAAGGCAUUAUGCCAAGUAUCAGUGGAUGAGCUCCAGCAGACCCAACCACGUAUGUUCUCUCUGCAGAAGAUCGUCGAGAUUAGUUACUACAACAUGGAGCGUAUUCGAUUGCAAUGGUCCCGCAUCUGGCAAGUGCUUGGCGAGCAUUUUAAUACGGUUGGCUGUAAUAGCAACGAGGAGAUUGCAUUCUUUGCGCUGGAUUCAUUGCGUCAGCUUUCGAUGAAGUUUAUGGAGAAGGGUGAAUUCAGCAACUUUCGUUUUCAAAAGGAUUUCUUGCGUCCCUUUGAGCACAUCAUGAAGAAGAAUAACUCGCCGGCAAUACGCGACAUGGUGGUGCGUUGCAUUGCUCAGAUGGUCAACUCCCAGGCGCACAACAUUCGUUCCGGUUGGAAGAACAUUUUUUCCAUCUUCCAUCUGGCUGCUGGUGACCACGAGGAGCCAAUUGUUGAGUUGGCGUUCCAGACAACCGGCAAAAUCAUUGGCGAUCUCUAUCGGCGACAGUUUGCCGUCAUGGUAGACUCUUUUCAGGAUGCCGUUAAGUGUCUGUCGGAGUUUGCGUGCAAUGCCCGCUUUCCGGACACUAGCAUGGAGGCUAUACGACUUGUGCGCAAUUGCGCCCAAUGUGUUCACGAUGCUCCGCAAUUGUUUGCCGAGCAUGCGGGCAUGGAGAACGAUGCUUCUGUGGCCGAGGAGGAUCGUGUUUGGGUUCGCGGCUGGUUCCCAAUGCUCUUCUCUCUCUCCUGCGUGGUCAAUCGCUGCAAGCUGGAUGUGCGCACGCGCGGUCUCACUGUGUUGUUUGAGAUUGUUAAGACGCACGGCGAUAGCUUUAAGCCCAACUGGUGGAAGGAUCUGUUCAAUGUGAUUUUCCGCAUCUUUGACAACAUGAAGCUGCCUGAGCAUGUGACCGAGAAAUCUGAAUGGAUGACUACGACUUGCAAUCAUGCACUGUAUGCCAUCAUUGAUGUGUUCACGCAAUACUUUGAUGUGCUUGGUCAUUUGCUGCUCGAGGAGCUGUUCGCUCAGCUGCACUGGUGUGUCCAGCAGAACAAUGAACAACUCGCACGCUCCGGCACCAAUUGCCUUGAGAAUCUGGUCAUUUCGAAUGGCUUCAAGUUCAAUGAGGUCACCUGGGACAAAACAUGUCAGUGCAUAUUGGACAUUUUCAAUGCAACGCUGCCCAAGGAGCUGCUCCACUGGCGUCCCACAAAGGGCAACGAACAGCUUCAGCAGCAACAGCAGCCUCGACGCGCCUCAACCACUCCACAUUCCAAUAACAGUGCACAGGAGCCUCCAGUUAUGGCACUGGCACACAAUCACUUUGAGGCGUUGCACAUCAAAUGUGUGGUGCAGUUGGAGCUGAUACAGACGAUGGACAACAUUGUGUUCUUCCCAGCGACAUCGCGCAAGGAGGAUGCCGAGACAUUGGCUCAGGCUGCAGCCGAUCUCAGUGGUAGUCGUGGUGGUUCGACGCAAUCGCAGCAAUUGCAGCUGGAUUGCCAGCGUGAGGAGCAGGGCAUGUAUGGAUAUUUGCGCACUCGACAACUGUUCACACUCGCUGAGUGUCUGAUGCAAUCGCAUCGUUUUGCUAAACGCUUCAACGCCGAUCAGGAUCAGCGCAAUCUACUGUGGCGUGCCGGCUUCAAGGGUUCGGUAAAACCCAAUCUGCUCAAGCAGGAGACCGCAUCGUUGGCCUGUGUGCUGCGCAUCUUUUUCAAAAUGUACGGCGACGAGAAUCGUCGCAGUGACUGGCCGGGCAUCGAGCAGGAGUUGGUGCAGGUAUGCAAAGAGGCGCUGGGCUAUUAUCUGAGUCUGCAGAGCGAGGCGCAUCGCGAUGCCUGGACAUCGCUACUGUUACUUAUCUUGACGCGGUUGUUGAAGAUGUCUGACGACCGGUUUGCCACACAUGUCUCGAACUAUUACAGCCUGCUCUGCGACAUGAUGUGCUUUGACCUGAAGCCCGAACUGAGAAGUGUCCUUAGACGCGUGUUUAUGCGCAUCGGUCCAGUAUUCAAUAUAAUGAACGUCAGUGUGAAUAUGAAAUAGUCAAGGCGCUCCACUUACCAGUCACGCCCCGUUUGAUGACCCCGCCUCCGUUAACGUUAAUGUUACCGUUACGAUCGAUCAUCUGCCCCCGUUCCCACACACGUACAUCUCCAAUUAGCACCGUUUUAGUUACGUAUAUAUACUCCGAUGUACAUGCAUAUAGUAUAUAUCUUGGCUUUAUUGUUAUCUUGCUUUUCCCAUUGGCCUCCGAAAGCAGAGUUUAUAUUUUUAUUAUAUAUUUAUAUAUACAUAUACAUACAUAUGCAAUUGUAAUGUUUAUAGGUUAAACAAAGUGUUGUUGUUUUAUAUAAUGUUUACGCACACGCACGCAUCGUUGCACCCACACUAAAUGUGUGUGUGUGUGUGUGUGCGUACGCGUGAAAGGCUUUAAUAUGUGAGUAUUUGUGAGUGUGAGUGUCACCUGUAUGAUCUAUAUUUUUUUCGGUUUUUCGUUCUGAAUUUGGCAAAAGAAAAUAAUAAAAAUGAAAAUUAUUGGUGUAA